AUGUCUAAUAUAACAAAUGUAAUUCGGCAUUCUGGUUUUUGGAACGAUGACAAUUGUUUCGUUAAUUACUCUAUAGAUGCAGUAGUUUUCAAAGAGUAUGCCUCAUAUGAUGAGUUAGUUGAUGCAAUAGCGAAUCAGGUGCGAAUAGAUACAAGUAUCAAAAAAAUCACUAUCAAAUAUUUGAUCGACGGUAAUUCCAUGCCUAUGGAAAUACACAACGACAUGAGUGUCCGGGUGUAUGUUGAACUGAAGAAAGAGACAAGGCAGUUCGGGAUGUAUCCGUUGUGUAUCACAACAGCUGAUAGGACGAGUGCAUACAGUCUAUCGGGCGAAAUUGUUAUUCAAGGUAGCCUAGCAUUAGCGGAUACAAAUGGUAUACACGAAAUGGAUGCUAACGAUUCGAUAGCACUGGCGGCAUCAGCUUCUAGUAAGGAAAUAGUUAUAUUAGGAGGAGAGAACGAUUUCAUAAUUUCAAACCGUAAUCAAAAAGAAGUCAUGGUAAAUCAGGUAUACAAUGAUAAGGAAACUUUGAAAGCUGUGAUGACGAAGUAUGCUAUUGACAAUAGAUUUCAAUUCCGAACAGAGAGGUCAAAUUCUGUAAGCUACACCCUUGCUUGUCUUUCUAGACAAUGUGAGUGGAAAUUGAAAGCUUCAAGUAUCAACAGAUCAGCUAUGUUCAAAAUCAGAGAGUUCAUAGAGAAACAUACAUGUCCAUUGAAGGAUAAGGUGUAUACGCAACAUCAAGCUAGUAGUGGUUUUAUAGCUGGAAUUAUUAAGCCAAAAUUUAGAAAUUAUAAGAGGAAGUAUGUGCCUAGUGAUAUAGUAGAUGAUGUUAAAAAUGAUUUUGGGGUGGAUGUGCCAUACAUGAAAGCAUGGCGUGCUAAAGAAAAGGCUAUGACGGAGUUAAGGGGUGAGCCAGCCGAGUCAUACAAGAAAUUGCCGGGAUACGUAUACAUUUUGGAUAAAACAUACCUGUGUUCUCAUAUAAGAAUGAAGAAAACAUCUGAAAAUGAGUUCUUGUAUCUUUUUGUAGCAUUGUAUGCAUUUAUAAAGGGGUUUGAAUGUUGUCGACCCAUCGUGGUUGUAGAUGGCAGCCACAUCAAAACAGCAUAUAAUGGGACAUUUGUUUCAGCGAGCACGAUGGAUGGUGCAGGUAUUUCAAAAUCUAUCAUUUAG